GGAGAAGUGAAAUUUAUCAGCUAUAUUUAUAGAGAAAGGAAAACAAGAAAUUAAAUAAAAGAAUAAGCAAUGACAAAAGUUAGUCGUAGCUUAUGUGGAUCAUGACAAAGGAUUUAAAGAGCUGACAGAUCAAUGAUGAAUAUUGAGUCUGAAAGCUGGUUACUCAUAUUGCAUAUUUGGGGCAUAAAAUGUAACAGGAUCAUGACAUUGCCCAUCCUUUGGCGUGAGUGGUUCCACGGGUUGGGUGGAAAUUAUUCCAUUGUGGAGAUAAACAGGAUAGAACCUGACUGGUACAAGACAAACCAGAGGUCAUACUAUGACAGAAGAUGUGGAAUAAUCAAAAAAAUUCAAGCAGAUGCGAUUGCCAAAGACAUCCCGGAUGAGGCCGCGUUACACAAGGCAGAGCAGCGUAGACAGGAUAAGAACCUUAGCUUAGACCAAUCGGGAAAAAACAUCAGUCUUUUGUAUGGCGAUUUUUAAAAAAAUAAAUAAACUAUCUUCUUUUUCUUUUACAUAA